AUGUCGUUUCCGACGGCGACGACGAUGCUCUCGUUUUCAUCAUCAUCAUCAUCGUCCAAAGCCUUGAAGAAAACAAAUACAAAUGGAAGCAGAAAGAGAAGCGGAAAAAGAAGGAUAGACGUAGACGUGCGAAGUAAUUCAUCAUCAUCAUCGUCGGGGAAUUUGUUUCAGGGCAAGAAACGUUCAAAGGCAAAACUUCCUGGUUACGCGUUUUACGUUUCGCCUGAAGAUUUUUCAUCGACGAAGGAGGGAGACGAACGACUUCCGGAACACAUCGAAGCUGUGGUAAAGAAAGGCGCGACGAUGGUUGUUUUGCACGAUCCAACAUCAUCUCUUUCUACGAGAGAGUUUUAUAACUUGGCCGUGAAUAUCAAAACAAACUUGCGCGAACGGUGCGCGUUGUUGGUCGUGGAUAGAACGGAUAUCGUAUCGUCCGCAGAAAUCGACGGCGUCGUUCUUUCCACGGAUGGCGUGCCCACCGUCGUGGCGAGAAAGUCUAUGCCCGAAGGUUCGCUCGUCGUCGUUUCUGCCGGCGAAAAUGCGAAGAAUGCAGAAAUAGCCGCGAAAGAAGGGUGCGACGUGCUGUUCGUGAGCGACGCUUCCGUGGCAAAGAAGAUUCGAGACAACGUUUCGGUACCUAUUUUCUCGAGUUUUCGCAACGCGGCUGAUUUGACCUCGAAUAUUGAUACAAUCGUUGCGGCUGGAUGCGAUGGCGUUACGCUCUACGAAAACGCGAAUAAGAAGGACGCUGCCAUUGCCGAUACGAUUGGUGCGGCACUUUCGGCGUUGGGCGGAGACGGCGAGGAAGAUAAGAACUUUUUAAACAAAGAAGAAACGACAGAACGGAAAUCGGCAAUACCGCCGACGCAGUUUACGAGCGUCAUUGGCGAGCAAGGCGAACGUUUACUAAACAAAGAGCGCGAAAUCUUGGACGAUAUCGUGAACUUUUUAGAAACGUCCGCGCCUGAGUUGGAAGAAAUCAAACUUCUCCUCGACGCGCGCAAAGGCUUGGACGAAUUGUUCUUGAUUGUCAUCGUCGGCGAAUUCAACGCCGGGAAAUCCUCCGUAAUUAAUGCCGUUUUGGGUGAUAAAUUUUUAGCCGAAGGGAUUUUACCGACAACGAACGAAAUUACCGUUUUGCGAUACGGUGAAAGUAAACAACGCGUUCAAUCCGAGGAUGGAUUUUAUAAUCAAGACAUCCCGGUUGAUUUGUUGAAGCAAGUUUCGAUUGUCGAUACGCCGGGAACGAAUGUUAUUUUAAAAAGACAACAACGACUCACGGAAGAGUUUGUACCGCGAGCGGAUUUAGUAUUGUUUGUUCUCUCCGCGGACCGCCCGAUGACGGAAUCGGAAGUGAAGUUCUUAUCUUACAUCAAGAAGUGGGGUAAGAAAGUCGUAUUCGUUUUGAACAAGUGCGAUUUGCUCGAAACGGAUGAAGAUCGCAACGAAGUGACAAAGUUUGUGCGCGACAACGCGAAGCGAUUACUAGGGGUUGAUAACGCGCCGGUCAUACCAGUGGCGGCGAGAAACGCGUUGCGAUUGAAGAAAGCAAACGCGAGCAUGAAGGAGUACGCCGAAACAGGGUUCCCGGCGUUUGAAGAGUACGUGAACUCGUAUUUAGGCGGAGGUAGCGGUAAUAAUAAAAGCGGCGAGAAUCGCUCGGGCGAGGCGUUGCGCUUGAAGCUUGCGACGCCUCUAAACGUCUCCGAAUUAUUACUUUCAGCUUCUAAACAAAUUUUGGACGCCGAAAUGAGCGUCGCGGAGACUGAAGUCGCCGCGGCAUCCGGAGUUGAUGAACAGAUGAACGCGUACAAAGAAACUAUGGUAAAGGACGCGAGCGAACAGGUCAAUUUCGUGCGGGCUAACGUAAACGGCGCGGUGAAGCGCGCGAACGCGUUGGUAGAUGAAACGCUCCGUCUCGAAAAUGCGCUCGAUUUGAUCACGACGUACAUCGUCGGUGCCGAUUACUCAGAGCUCGAUGAUCUCGACGUUGCGUCAAAUAGUAGUGGAGAUUCUGCUGAUGCGGCAAGCGGCGGGGAAGGUAAUAGAAAGAAAAGAAAGAAAAAGUAUUCAAAGUUUGUAAAGGCGUAUCAAAGCACAGUCCUCGGUUCCGCCGAUCAAGAGCUGAAGAAAACGGUGAAGGAAUUUUCCAAAUGGUUAAAAAGAAACAACGACGCUCGAUUAUCGAGCUAUUUGAAAGCGGUGUCUUCGAGAGGUUUCGAUACGACUGUCACUGCGUCUGGAAUUAAGGAAUUUCUCGAGAGUAGCGAAAAAGGGGCGCCAAAAAUUAAUAGCGCAGCAAUAGCCGUGGCUGAUAACUUCGAUAACGAGGCUGCUGCGUACAAGCUUGACGAAGAGAUGCGCUCUGCGGUGUACGGCUCGUUAGGUUCCUCCGCCGGCGCGCUCGUGUCAGCUUUUGUAUUGAGCGGCUUUUUAUCCUCGAUGAGCGAGGAUAUUCUUGCGUACUUACUCGCAGCGGCGGUCGGUUACGUUGGUAUUUUGAGUCUUCCGCUGAAACGACAAGAGUGUAAAGCGAAGAUUCAGCGCGCCGCGGAAGCGUUGGUAGAGGACGUCGAACGAGAGUUGUUGAAGGAACUCGCGGAGGAAAUUGACGCAACCUCGGAUCGCGUCGAUCAAUUAGUCGCUCCAUGGGAAGCAGCCGCGCGAGUAGAACGCGCACGGGUUCAGAAGUGCUUGGAAGUGCAAGAGAAAUACGCGACCGAAGUCGAGAAUUUAGCCAUCGAAGUUGAAAACUUAUAA